AUGGCGACGCCCUUCAAGAAUGAACUCGGGCAGGAGGAGGCGGGCGUCGAACCCGUGUUCCACCCAUCGUCUCGGCGAACAAGCCAUCGACAACGUUGGAUCAUGCGUUUGGUGGCUGGAGUGGCCCUGCUUGGUGUCGCGGGUAUAACCCUUGCCACGGCGUGGCGUCCCUUGGUCAUGAGUCAUGAAACACGACGUGGCGCCAUCGUCGCGAUGCCGCGAGAGGUCAAACCGGCCGCUGCUCAGUAUCUCACUGCUCAGCUUGCCAAGCUUCAGCAGGAAAACGCACGCAUACAGCAGCAGCUUCAGCAGGUUCGUUUGCAACAAACGCGGCUGUCAGCCAAGCAGCGCAUCGACCUGCUUCGCGAGACAGGCAACUGGUCGCUAGGCUCGGGUAUGGAGUCCUCUUGGCUCAGUGAGCCCAAUCAGCUGGCCGAAUUUACUGCGGGAGGCAAGGCACGUCCUGGCGUCUAUGGGGAUGUCGACGAGGUUGACGACGACGACAUUGCGCGCGACACGGAUAAUCGAGAGCCAGACACGGGCGCGAGCAGCAUGUCCCUGGCCACCGAUGCAACCACGUUUGCCGUGGGUCUCCACAAGGAAGACCAGACGGAUAUUCUAUUGCUCGAUAUGAGCCAAGCUCUGGCCGCACUUGCCACACUUACGGAGGCAUCCGACGGCGCGGCAAUGGAUGUAACGACUUCUUUGACGCCAGCGUCGGUGCUGCCCACCGUCCUGUCCCAACCCAAGCUUCUGCAAGCCAGUCUGCUGCAACAAAUUACCGUCGAACAUCUGGAUCACGUGGCGGUCACUGAGCGUCGUCUUGCGCUGUCCGGAUCCACGCUGCUGAUGGCGGUACCCGCGAGCCCUCGUUUCAACACGGCCAAAGUCGACACGGUACACGUGUAUCAGGCCUCUUCCAUGCCCGUCUCGAGUGCGGAAUUGCCGCGCUUUCGCCAUUCGCAGGUUUUGACCUCGCCCGGAGCAGAUCCCUAUGCAGCCUAUGGCAUGGCCAUUGCCGUCAGUCCUGGGUUUGUGGCCAUUGGUGCACCCUUGGCCAAGGCGCUUGCUCUCAGCGACCCGUCCGAGCCGGCCACCCAGGAGCCGCGCCCAGGCGCAGUCUACCUCUACACCUCGGGUAUGGCCCUGGAUGCCCAAGGGCAGCCUAAAUACGUUCGUAUUACACCCCCAGCUGAUUGUGGCGAUGGCACUCGCUUCGGGAGUGCUCUGACCUUUGUGGAGGACGACAAUCUCCUGCUGGUGAGCGCCCCCGGCUGGGUAGGUACCGCCGACAGUCGUGGUGCCAUUUUCAUCUAUGCCUUGGACAGCGCAAAUGACACGGCCGUCCUAGUGGGCCGAAUCCUGUCGAACCCCAGUCAGCUGGAUUUUGGUGUGGCUCUUGCCUACCAGGACGGCGUGCUCGCGAUUAGCUCUCAGGUGGCCACCGACACAAAUGCCACCAAGUUUGAGCGCGCCGUUCUCCUUUUCCUCAGGGUCACCUCGACCCGGUUUGUGUUUGUGCGUUCCCUCUCAGCUCGAGCUGACAACGAGGAACUCAACUUUGGCUUUUCCCUCACCUUUGCACCAUCAGCCCUCUUGGUCGGCUCCCAUCGCUACUCGAUUGCUUCGACCAUCACCCACGUCUAUCAAUGA